AUGUCUCUUGAGUGGAAUAAUGAACAAACCCACUUUCUCAUCAAUGAACGUAAAAAUGGUAAUGAAGAAUAUCACUGUACCCCUAAUCGUAAUAAGAGAAUCUUUUGGGAAAAAAUAGCAGAGAAGCUCAACGAAGUUAAUAAUUUGAAUUAUUUUACCGGGAAAGCUUGCAAUAAGAAAUUUUUAUUAUUAACUCGAGCAUAUUAUUCGACUAAAGCCUAUUAUGAAGGAACUAAAAAUAAGAGGAGUCUUAAAAAGGAGAUUGAGGGAUAUUUAUUGUUUCUAGGAACACAACGUCCAUCAUCAUCUAAUACAACCGUCUCCACAACACCUUUACCAACACUCUUGACAGUCGUAUCAGAUGGGCAGUCAUCUUCUGAGAGUUUGAAUCCUUUCGAAACAGGGUCUGAUACUUCUAGUAACGCCUUCUAUUGA